GGGGAGGGUUCCGGGCAGCUGGACGCUCCUGGACAUCUCCGGGGACCUAACACUAACCUGGACUUAGUUUGCUGGCAACAGCGGAAGGAAGUCUGAGGAUCUUCACAGGGACGGGGUGCCCUUUGGAAGAAGGGGUACUUUUGGCUCUGUCUGGAUGGAGCAGCAUCAAGAAGAGAAGUGAUCAGCCCCCAGAUUGAACAAAAGGAACAGUCUCGAGUUUUCAGGUGACACCAAAGAACCAAGCUUUCAAAGCUAGAGAUCAUCCCUCUGUUUUAGGGGACCGGACGGGUGGCACCUCCUGUUAAAUCAGGGUCUGACUCCAGGAGCCCCCAGUUAGAAGCUAGCGAGCAGCUCGGUGCAGGCAGGAGACGCGCUGCCGGGCUGGACUGCCCGGGGGACAUGCCUUCUCGCCAGGAGGACGCCUCUGGGAAGACCACCGCCGGGGAAGCAAAGUUUCAGGGCAGCUGAGGAGCCUUCGCCGCAGCCCUUCCGAGCCCAAUCACCUCCCUGGCUAUGGAGGGCGGACUCUAAAAUGAAUCCCGAUCUGGACACCGGCCACAACACAUCAGCACCUGCCCGCUGGGGAGAGUUGAAAAAUGCCAACUUCAGUGGCCCCAACCAGACCUCGAGCAACUCCACACUGCCCCAGCUGGACAUCACCAGGGCCAUCUCUGUGGGCCUGGUGCUGGGCGCCUUCAUCCUCUUUGCCAUCGUGGGCAACAUCCUAGUCAUCUUGUCUGUGGCCUGCAACCGGCACCUGCGGACGCCCACCAACUACUUCAUCGUCAACCUGGCCAUUGCCGACCUGCUGUUGAGCUUCACUGUCCUGCCCUUCUCGGCUACCUUGGAGGUGCUCGGCUACUGGGUGCUGGGGCGCAUCUUCUGUGACAUCUGGGCGGCCGUGGACGUCCUGUGCUGCACGGCCUCCAUUCUCAGUCUGUGCGCCAUCUCCAUCGAUCGCUACAUUGGGGUACGCUACUCUCUACAGUACCCCACUCUGGUCACCCGGAGGAAGGCCAUCUUGGCGCUCCUCAGUGUCUGGGUGUUGUCCACGGUCAUCUCCAUUGGGCCUCUUCUUGGCUGGAAGGAGCCGGCGCCCAACGACGACAAGGAAUGCGGGGUCACCGAAGAACCCUUCUAUGCCCUCUUCUCCUCCCUGGGCUCCUUCUACAUCCCUCUGGCGGUCAUCCUGGUCAUGUACUGCCGAGUCUACAUCGUGGCCAAAAGGACCACCAAGAACCUGGAGGCGGGAGUCAUGAAGGAGAUGUCCAACUCCAAGGAGCUGACCCUGAGGAUCCACUCCAAGAACUUUCACGAGGACACCCUCAGCAGUACCAAGGCCAAGGGCCACAACCCCAGGAGUUCCAUAGCUGUCAAACUUUUUAAGUUCUCCAGGGAAAAGAAAGCAGCCAAGACCUUGGGCAUUGUGGUCGGCAUGUUCAUCUUGUGUUGGCUUCCCUUCUUCAUCGCUCUCCCUCUUGGUCUUUUUAAAAAGCAGAUUCUGAUGCACUGGCUGAGAGGGUCUGCAUCCGCACCUAGGUGCUGUUUAUCUGAGAACCUCGACCCAGGCUCCCUGUUCUCCACCCUGAAGCCCCCCGACGCCGUGUUCAAGGUGGUGUUCUGGCUGGGCUACUUCAACAGCUGCCUCAACCCCAUCAUCUACCCGUGCUCCAGCAAGGAGUUCAAGCGCGCCUUCGUGCGCAUCCUCGGGUGCCAGUGCCGCGGCCGCCGCCGCCGCCGUCGCCGCCGCCGCCUGGGCGGCUGCGCCUACACCUACCGGCCGUGGACGCGCGGCGGCUCGCUGGAGCGCUCGCAGUCGCGCAAGGACUCGCUGGACGACAGCGGCAGCUGCCUGAGCGGCAGCCAGCGGACCCUACCCUCGGCGUCGCCGAGCCCGGGCUACCUGGGCCGCGGCGCGCCACCGGCCGUCGAGCUGUACGCCUUCCCCGAGUGGAAGGCGCCCGGAGCCCUCCUGAGCCUGCCCGAGCCGCCCGGCCGCCGCGGCCGCCAAGACUCGGGCCCGCUCUUCACCUUCAAGCUGCUGGCGGAGCCCGAGAGCCCCGGGACCGACGGGGACGCCAUCGGGGCCUGCGAGGCCGAGGCCGACGUGGCCAACGGGCAGCCGGGCUUCAAGAGCAACAUGCCCCUGGCGCCCGGGCAGUUCUAGGCCCCGGCACAGCUUCCUUUCCCCGGGAGGAGCCACCGUGGGGGGAGGGCGGGCGGAGGGCGGGAGGGGAGUGUCAGCGCCGGGGGACAGGGCCCGAGGGAGCGGGGGAGGGGGGCGGGAGAGGGGCAGCUGCUUUUCUGGCAGGGGCAUGGGUGCCAGGUACAGCGCCGCGAGCUGGGCCGAGCAUGCUGAGAGCCUGGGGGACCCGACGCCGGCCGGGAUUUACCUCUCUCUCUCUCUCUCUCUCUCUCUCUCUCUCUCUCUCUCUCUCUCUUCUCUCUGUAUAUAUAUAAACGAGUCUCUCUCUUCAUGUAUUUAACUGUGGGUACACGUGCGUGUGUCUGUGCGGUGUACGUGUGGUCUGCAUGUGUGCGUGUGUUGGGGGCCGCCCUCGCGGGCAGAGCGGGUGUGCGCCCCGGAGACAGCCAGCCAGGGUGCUGUUUGUCUCGUGACUUCGUACCUCUUAAGCCCCUCCUUGUUCUUCAAUGAAUGAUGGCACUUUGAUGGGAUUGGAAACAAAGUCAGACAUUAAAGAUCAUUUCUCCUGUG